GCGAAGGUGGAUACAGAAAGCGGGACGUAGCGGCCGAAGGAGACGGGACGGAGAUCUCAGUUGGCCACCAUCCCAGGUUAAAUUGUUCCAAUAUUUAUUCACGAUUUCAUAAAGGUAAAGAGAAAAAUAAUACACUAUGUCUGAUGAAGUUUUUAGUACAACUUUGGCAUAUACAAAGAGUCCAAGAGUUACCAAAAGAACUACUUUCCAGGAUGAGCUAAUAAGAGCAGUUACAGCUCGCUCAGCCAGACAGAGGAGUUCUGAAUACUCAGAUGACUUUGACAGUGAUGAGAUUGUUUCCUUAGGUGAUUUUUCUGAUACCUCAGUAGAUGAAAAUUCAUUUAAGAAAAAAGUGAAUGAUUUUCAGAUAUCAGAUGACGAAGAAAAGAAUUCUCCAAGACUGUCUUUUUUAAAAACCAAGAAAUCAAACAGUGACAUAACCAAAGAUGGGUCAGUAUGCGCCAUCAAAAAUGAUGAGGAAAUGGCAUGUGAUGGCUGUGAAGAUGUAGUUGUAAAUUCCUUAUCUGAUUCUCAAAAGAAAGACCAGGAAAUUGAAAAUGAGAAAAUUAAAGUGAAACCUAAACCCAGAAUUCUUUCAAUCAAAAGCUCAUCUUCAGAAAAUGGCAGCAACUUUGAAACAGGCGACCACUUUAAACCUUCACCUCGGCCAAGGAGCAUGUUAAAAAAGAAUAGCCAUGUGGAGGAGAAAGAUAGAUUUGGAGAAGAUAAGGAAACUGCCCUCAAUGAAGAAUUACAAUCGUAUUCUGUACCUUCUUCCCUUUCAAGAUUGAAUGACCUACAGUUAGAAGCUAAGAAAGAAACAUACUCUGAAACCCUUGCUCCCGAGGAUCCAAGUCUUUCACCAUCAUCGCUUAAGGAAGGUCUUAAAGAUUCUUUUUCACCAGGAUCUGAGGGAAAAGCAUCCAUAAAAGUUCAGAAUGAAGAAUUUGCUGAAAACCAUAAUUCCCUGAAAUCAGAUGAAACUGAAGAGAAUUCAUUUUCAACAGACUUAGUUACUACUACACUUGAGAAAUCAAAGGAAAGUCAAGUAACUGCUGAUGACCUUGAAGAAGAAAAGGAGAAAGCUGAACUGAGUGUGGAAGAUGACACAGCAGUGGAUCCACUACUGUCUGAAUCUCCGGGUAUCUUAAUAUCCACCAAGGCCACAGGAUCCACAAAGAAAACAACUGAAGAUAGAAAUAUGAAGAAUGCCAAGUCAACCAAUAAUAGAGCGUCCAGUGCAUCUGCCAGAUUAAUGACCUCUGAGUUUUUAAAGAAAUCGAAUUGUAAAAGGAGAACUCCAUCGGCAAGUACUUCUUCUCAUUAUUUAGGGACUUUGAAAGUCUUGGACCAAAGGCCUUCACAGAAACAGAACAUAGAACCUGACAAGGCAGAUGCCAUAAGGGCAGCUGUUUAUCAGGAAUGGCUAGAAAAGAAAAAUACAUAUUUACAUGAAAUGCACAGAAUAAAAAGGAUUGAAAGUGAAAAUUUAAGGAUCCAGAAUGAACAGAAAAGAGCUGCUAAGAGAGAAGAAGCAUUAGCAUCAUUUGAGGCCUGGAAGGCUAUGAAAGAAAAGGAAGCAAAGAAAAUAGCUGCCAAAAGGAGGCUCGAGGAAAAAAACAAGAAGAAAACUGAAGAAGAAAAUGCUCUCAGGAAAGGGGAAGCACUACAAGCUUUUGAAAAGUGGAAAGAGAAAAAGAUGGAAUAUCUUAAAGAGAAAAAUAAAAAGGAGAAGGAAUAUGAAAGGGCAAAGAAACAGAAAGAGGAGGAAAUUGUUGCUGAGAAAAAGAAAGAUAAUUUAACUGCUGUUGAAAAAUGGAAUGAAAAAAAAGAAGCUUUUUUCAAGCAAAAGGAGAAAGAAAAAAUAAAUGAGAAAAGAAAGGAAGAAUUGAAAAGAGCUGAGAAAAAUGAUAAAGACAAACAAGCUAUUAAUGAAUAUGAAAAAUGGCUGGAAAAUAAAGAAAGACAGGAGAGAAUUGAACGAAAACAAAACAAACGUCAUUCCUUUCUUGAAAAUGAAGCACUUCCUCCAUGGAGCCCUCCAAGCAGAACUAUAUUCUCAAGAGUGUUUUGA